CGUUAUAAAUAGGAUUAUGACAACAAAAAUACUAUUUGUAAAUAUUGUGAAGUAAAUAGCAAAAAAUCUUUAUGACAAUGUGGCUCAGAAGACAUUCUCAUCUCAUUUUAUUUAUGUCCCCACCAAUGUCAAAAUCAAUCUUACCCCCUUGUAUUUAAGUUUUCUUUUCUCAUCAAAGCCUCGCCCCCUCUUUUGACCGUUCAUAUAAAAGCCACUGAAAGGGUUUGUGAUUUUAUUCACUUCCUGACAGACCAAAGAUGGAACUGAAAAUCUUCAUUGUUCUCUUCUGCACUCUUUUCACUGGAGGAAAUUCCCUCCAAUGUUAUAAGUGUUCAGGUAUAAUGGGUUGUGGUCAAAGCAACGUGACGACGUGUCCGGGCACUGCCGCGUGUGCAGCAACUGUACAAUCCAUUGAUGGACUUAAAAUGCAGUCUAAGGGUUGUGGAGUGACGGAGAGUUGUAUAAGUGGAUCUGUUAACCUCGGCGUUACAAGGACAGUUACAUCUACACAAUGCUGUACCACAGACCUAUGUAAUAACAAAGACCCCCCAGAUUCCAGCUCUAACAGCCCCAAUGGAAAACAAUGUUACUACUGCAAUGAUGAUACGAGUUGCUUCAACAAAUUAAACUGCUUAGGAGAUGAAGACCGCUGCCUUACAGAAACAGUAACUGUUGGGUCUGUGUCUGUGACUGUUAAAGGAUGCGUCUCUAAAUCUAUCUGUGAUGCUGCAUCACAAUCACAAGCACCUGAAGAUUACACGAGGUUGUCAUGUUGUCAGGGGAAUCUGUGUAACGGUGCUAAGAGCGUCACACAGAACCUCCUCUUUCUCUUAUGGCCGCUCUUCUUCUUCAUCCUGAUCCACUGAA